GAGCUGCUCUUGUCCCCGGAUUGAACUGUCAUGGCUGCCGCGCGCUGUUGACUGACUGUGGUUGGACGGGAGGCGGAAAAGCGCUGGCUCUGUACAUCCAAUAUGAAUGGGGUCAAUGCCAACCCUGACGCUCAGGUUGGGAAUGAAGAGAGGGGCAUUUGGCAUAAACGCCUGCGUCUCAGGAAGACCUCCUUUUCAUUCCCUACUGAACGAAACACUGUGAAACAGGAGAGGAAUGUUACAGCACAUGGAUGGAAAGUAAAAGGGAAGUCCAAGAAGCGACCUCAAAGUCUUCAGGCGGUGAACACCUUCACCUGCUCCUCGUGCAACGACGGCAUCUCCUUCAGACCCGGCGAAUUAACAAUGCAUUUUAAGAUCGUCCACGGAGGGAAAGGAAGCCCACCGGUGUUUCCGUGCGACAUGUGUGGUUUCUCCUCGCCGGUGUUCACUACGCUUCAGCAGCACCGAAUGCAACACGAGGAUUGUUUGUUCGCUUGUGAGAUUUGUGAUGACAACGUCCAGCGAACACUUCCCCAACUGACCAAACAUUGUCAAACUCACCAUGCUCUAAACGCACAAUACUACUGUCUGAAAUGCAAACUCUCCUUCCAGGAGAUUAAGCAGUUUGUGUGUCACUCGUGUUGCAUUACUGAUGGCAAUGCACAGAAAAACGAUCUCUUAAAGCACAUGGCUGCUGCGUGCCGUCAAAGGUGGAGCCGAAGAAAUUGGUGGAGAAAGCGGGCAGCUGUUAAGCAAGACGGUAAGCUGUCUCGAGAGUUCAAGUACUUACUUCCAAAACCAGAACCCCAAUGGAUGUCCCCAUUGCUCCCGUUCUCCACACCCGGUCUACUGGACGACCACGGCGUCUUGCUGGAUCCAGAGAAGACCUUGGAGGAAACGCAGCAGUUUCUCGAAAGGACUGUUUGUAGUGGUAAAAACUGGCCUGCAUCUCUCAAAGGCGAGCAAGAUUUUGUUUCUCACACGCCAACAACACCCCAUCCGUCACAAGCAAAUGCAAAGCGGUCUACCGCACCACACACUGGGAAAGAUAAGCUAAGCGGACUCAUGGAGAAGAACAAUAUAUCUGUUCCCCUAGAUUGCACUACAAAGGUGGUCGGGUUCAAGAUGGUGGACGGCAAAAAGCAUUUAGUUCUCAAAGUCAUUCCUUCAAACAAGCGAGACGAUUCGAAGGAUGCUCACACUGUGAAACCUGCCAAUCAGCAAGACGAAUCCAAUGAUAUUUCAACUGUUAAUGCCUCAGGAAACUGUUCUCAGGUGACGCCUAGAAGGUCUUCGUCCCAAAGAAAGAAGCAGGAACGAUGUGUAGCUCAGCAGGGCAUUUUGUCUUCAGUGGUUGAGAGGAUAAAAAGCCAACAGAAUGAUGGAUGCAACAAUCAGGAACAUGCAACUAUUCAUCUCAAUGCAUGCAACGCCUUCAACCAUAAUUCCGAUAUUCAAACUCCCCAUGCAAAAAGAGCGAAUGACUGCCAAGACAAAGCCUUCAGUGAAUCCGAGGAAAACUUUGCCGCAUGCCAAGGAGAUUCAGGUUGUCAUAGCGAUCUGACCUCGGAUACAGGUUCUUUGGAAGAAAGGUGUAGUUCACGACUCCUUACAACUGCGUUUGAUGAAGAACCCAGUCUUGCACUAGAUUCAAACUUCAUUCGCCAUCAGCCGAAAGCAUGCUCCAUCUCUGGGUUUGAUUGCGUGAGUCCGUCCUCUGGAUCUCCCCUGAAGGCUCUGCCUGAGUCUUUGUGUCAAAGUGAAGGCCUGUUAUUCCAUGGCAAUGCUGACGAGUGCACAAACAACAUGGACCCCAGAGAUUCUCUGGUCCCGGUGGGUCAGCGCGACUGUGAGAGCGAAAGCCGCAGCACUCCAGACCUGCUUCACACGGUGGAUGAGCUGCCUUUAACAACAGUCAACCAUUUGCUGGAUGAGGCGAGAGCGGAUCGGACGUUAUCGCCACACGCCAGCUCUGAUGAACCUCUGAAAGAUUUAACACACGCUGGAGGUACAAGCCAGCGAUCUGAGCCGGUCAAUGCCAGCAUCUUCUCUCUCCUGCCUGAUGAUGCAAACUCUUCCACACCUGUCCCAGAAACAGCUUCUGGAUUCAGCGAGUCAGGCAUCCUUCUCGCAUCGCUGAACAGAAAGCGCAUGGGAGAAACGUCCUCGGCGGACUCUCCCGUCAGUAAGCGAUCGACUCGGGCCUCGGAAGACGUCAGCGCCUCCGUUCUCUUCUGGGAGCCGGUGCCUCGAGACACUCCGGCGACCCUUCGACUGAUUCCCCACAGCUCCUCGCAAUCCGUUAAAAUCCCACGCCACAACCAGCCUGUCAUAGUUCUCAACCAUCCCGACACUGAUAUCCCCGAGGUCACAAACAUCAUGAAAGCGGUUCACAAGCACAAAGACGCCGUGCAUCGCGUCGUACUUUCUCGUAAAACUCUCCGAGCUCUUUCUGAGUUUAACUGCGACGCCUUUCGCCAUAAUCUCGUCGCCAAUUGCCACGCGUCCCACCACAGGAGAGAAUGGCCAAACGGGACCGUUAAAGAAAGGUUCAGCUUGAAACUGAGGCUCAAAAGAGUGUGUGGAAGAAAGUACACUGUAGUACCGACAGUGUCGGAGAGCAUCGUGCUGCAGCCGACGUUUAGAUGCUGGUUUUGCGGGCGGCUUUUCACAAACCAAGAAACCUGGGUGGGUCACGGACAGAGACAUCUAAUGGAAGCAACCAGAGGCUGGAACCAGCUCUUCAACAGAUAGAAAUGCGUUCAUUUUCCCGCAUUAGCCAUUUUUAAGAAGUGCUGUGAAGAAUCAGGGUUGCUAUGCAAAUCUCAGGGUAAGAGAAAUACAGUUGCGGUCCAAAUCUGUUUCGUUCUUUGUAGUGAUAAACCCUUCUCGGGCGAUUGAAUAUUUAUGAUGACACGAGCAAGCAAUAUUUAUUUUGUUCCACAAUGUGAGACCUAAUAGAUGACAAAUCACUGUGUUUUGAUACGGUCAGACCAAAUCCUUCUCGCACGAUACUGUGAUAGAUCAGGUUUUGUGAGAUUAUUGCAGAGACCUCAGGGUAAUAUUGUCAUAUUCCACUCUGUUAGCUUAAUACUAAUAGAAGAAGUGUGUUGACCUUCACUUCACGCUGAACAACGAGUGAUUGAGCAGUAAGACAUCGGUUUGUCUUAAUACUUUAUGUAGCUUUGCAUUAUUUUAUUGUUUUAUUUUUGACGUUUAAAACUGUCGUUUAACCAUUACUGCUUUACUAAUCAUCUUUCAGAAGACUGAAAAAUGUUCACAGAACUGGUUGAUUCUGUUUGUAGGAGGCUACGGAUCUGGUUUAGCUUCCUCUGUCAUGUUGCCGGUAUAUUUAGCAUUAGUUUCAAACUACACCUGUAUGCGAGAGCAUAUGUUGACGCAGCAUUGGUGAAGCAUCACUGAAAUAAUGUUUUGUAUUUAUGUGAAUGGGCUAUAUUUAUUUUUCAGCGUGCAGUCGGCUGAUAAGUUA